CCGAGCUGGGCUAUGUCGAUGGCGGUCGGGGCGGAACCUGGGGGCCCUGACAGCUUUGCGAAGCGGGUCCUGGUGACCGGCGGUGCUGGCUUCAUUGCAUCACAUGUGAUUGUCUCCUUAGUAGAAGAUUAUCCAAAUUAUAUGAUCAUAAAUCUAGACAAGCUGGAUUACUGUGCAAGUCUGAAGAAUCUUGAAGCCAUUUCUAGCAAACAAAACUACAAAUUUAUACAGGGCGACAUAUGUGAUUUGCCCUUUGUAAAGCUGCUCUUUGAAACAGAGCAGAUAGAUAUAGUUCUACACUUUGCUGCACAAACACACGUAGAUCUUUCAUUUGUCCGAGCUUUUGAGUUUACAUAUGUUAAUGUCUAUGGCACUCAUGUUUUGGUAAGUGCUGCUCAUGAAGCCAGAGUUGAGAAAUUUAUUUACAUCAGCACAGAUGAAGUAUACGGAGGCAGUGUUGAUCAGGAAUUUGAUGAGUCUUCACCCAAGCAGCCUACAAAUCCUUACGCAUCAUCUAAGGCGGCUGCUGAAUGUUUUGUACAGUCAUAUUGGGAACAACACAAGUUUCCAGUUGUCAUUACAAGAAUCAGUAAUGUUUAUGGACCACAUCAAUAUCCAGAAAAGGUUAUUCCAAAAUUUAUAUCUUUAUUACAACACAACAGGAAAUGCUGCAUCCAUGGCUCAGGGCUUCAAAGAAGAAAUUUCCUCUAUGCCACCGAUGUAGUAGAAGCACUUCUCACUGUCCUCAGAAAGGGAAAGCCAGGCGAAGUUUAUAACGUUGGAACCAAUUUUGAAAUGUCAGUUGUCCAGCUUGCCAAAGAACUAAUACAUCUGAUCAAAGAGACAAAUUCAGAGUCUGAAAUGGAAAAUUGGGUUGAUUAUGUUAAUGAUAGACCUACCAAUGACAUGAGAUAUCCAAUGAAGUCAGAAAAGAUUCACGGUUUAGGAUGGAAACCUAAAGUGCCUUGGAAUGAAGGAAUAAAGAAAACAAUUGAAUGGUACAGAGAGAAUUUUCACAACUGGAAGAAUGUGGAACAAGCAUUAGAGCCCUUUCCAGUACAGCCACCAUUUAUGUAAUCAGCACAGUCUUCAGAGGAAGAAAAAAAUUGUCCUACCUCAACAAGUGACAUGAAAUCAUGUGACCAAAUGAAGAGCCCUAAUUCAUUAGGAAUAGAUCCAUGGUUUUUUUGUAUUAAAUUCCAUUUUUGGGGGGGAGGUGU